AUGGCAUCCCCCCCGGUGGUCCCGACGGCCUAUCAGGCCGUCGCCAACUCCACCAACGUCCCAGAUUGGCUAAACAAGGGCGACAACGCAUGGCAGAUGAUCUCAGCUGCAUUCGUCGGCAUGCAAGCUAUGCCCGGCCUCGUCAUCCUCUACGCAGGCCUAGUCAAGAAGAAGUGGGCCCUCAAUUCUGCCUUCAUGGCCCUUUUCGGCUUCGCGGCCGUCAUGCCAUGCUGGAUCCUGUGGGCCUACAAGAUGUCCUUUGGCCAUCGCCUCAUUCCCUUGUGGGGCAAAGCAGGCCUCGCCACGUCCCAGGACUUUUUGACAACACAGGCAUUGCUGCCCGCAACGGAGCACCACUACGCUAAUGGGACCAUCGAGACACCAGCCGCUCAACUACUCUACCCCACAGCUUCCAUGGUCUUCUUCCAGUACGCUUUCGCUGCGGUCACCGUUGUGCUCCUGGCUGGGGCAUUGCUGGGCCGCAUGAACAUUAAGGCUUGGAUGGUGUUCGUACCGCUGUGGGUGACGUUCUCUUACAGUGUGGUUGCCUUCAGCAUAUGGGGUGGUGGCUUUCUCUACCACUGGGGAAUCAUGGACUACUCCGGCGGUUAUGUUGUUCAUGUCGCCUCUGGGGCCGCAGGCUUCACAGCAGCUUAUUGGGUUGGGCCAAGACUUCAAAGGGACAGGGAAGAAUUCCCGCCAAACAAUCUCUUGCUGGCUCUGGCUGGGGCCGGGAUCUUAUGGAUGGGCUGGACCGGUUUCAAUGGUGGAGAUCCAUUUUCUGCAAACGUCGAUUCCUCGAUUGCUGUCUUGAACACCCACAUCUGCGCCGCUACCAGUAUUUUGGUCUGGACUUGCUGGGAUGUUGUUGUCUUCGGGAAGCCAUCGGUGAUCGGAGCCAUCCAAGGAAUGAUAACCGGACUGGUCUGCAUCACUCCAGCUGCAGGUCUCGUCCAGGGAUGGGCUGCGCUGAUCAUGGGCAUAGCUUCUGGAAGCAUACCCUGGUAUACCAUGAUGUCUCUGAAUAAGAGGUGGCAGUUGCUUCAGAAGGUCGACGACACGCUCGGCAUCCUGCAUACACAUGCUGUUGCCGGAACCCUGGGUGGGGCCCUUACAGGCCUCUUCGCACAUCCAACACUCUCCAGCAUGUUCCUGCCAGUGACCAACUCCAAAGGGGCCUUCUAUGGGGGCACAGGAGGGAUCCAGUUCCUGAAGCAGCUGGUCGGCGCAAGCUUCGUGAUUGGCUGGAACGUCGUCGUUACAUCCAUCAUCCUACUAAUCAUUCGAAAGUUCAUACCAUUGCGGAUGUCUGAAGAACAGCUCUUGAUUGGGGAUGAUGCGGCACAUGGAGAAGAAGCAUAUGCACUGGCUGGACAAGGAGAGAGGUACGACUCUACACAACAAACUACGACUACAACCCCGAAUUACACCAACAGCCAAACUCCUCAGAGGUUGAUUCCGUGAGGCUGAGCAAUCACAUCCCAAACAGAUUCUACUUCCACAGGAAAGAAGUCCCAAAUCCGCUUGCAUUCAAUAAACAUAGGAAGAAUUUAAAUCUUAAGAGGAAUUAUGAGGACCUUGAUCAGACCAUAUGUAUAG